ACUGCCCAUCCACAAUCCCAAACCAACUCCUCUCUCUCUCUCUCUUUCUCUCUUUUUCUUAUUCCGUUUGGUGUUAUCUUAUAUAUAUGUUCUACUUUGCUCUAAUCCAUUUCAUAUAUAGCUAGAUAGCUAAUAAUUGUUUGAUCAUCAUCUAAAUAUAUAUUAUUGGGGAUCGAUGGAAGAUUCAAGCGGGCAGGCAGAGGCAGCAGGGUCAUCGAGUGGUGCAGCAGCAGACGACGCCAAGACUUGCCCGCGCGGCCACUGGCGCCCCGCCGAGGACGAGAAGCUCCGCCAGCUUGUGGAGCAGUAUGGUGCCCAGAAUUGGAAUUCUAUUGCUGAAAAACUCCAAGGAAGAUCAGGGAAGAGCUGUAGAUUGAGGUGGUUUAAUCAACUAGACCCGAGAAUUAAUCGAAGACCAUUUACAGAAGAAGAAGAGGAAAGGCUAUUAGCAGCUCAUCGAAUCCAUGGCAACAAAUGGGCCCUAAUAGCUAGGUUAUUCCCUGGAAGAACUGACAAUGCUGUCAAAAAUCAUUGGCAUGUUAUAAUGGCAAGGAAACAAAGGGAACAAUCCAAGGUUUGUGGCAAAAGAACCUUCCAAUCAGAUGAUGAUCACCGCAACCAUUAUCUUCAUCAUCUUUUCAACAAUCUCGAAUCGUCCGAGGUCUCUUUCUCAGCUAAUAAUAAUAUUUCCAGGAAUCAUAAACAAGAUAUCGAUGUUCGAGAUCUAAAUGGUUACUAUUUCAGCUUAGGAAAUUACAAUAAUAGCAAAUUAAGUAGGUCAUCACCUCCAUCAACUUCAAUUUUGAUAUUGGAUCAUCAUGAGUACUCAUCUCCAUCAUUACCUUUAUCAUCUUCUUGGAACUUUGCUAAUUCAACAAGAAUAAUCAAGCCGCCACCACCAUCAUCAUCAUCAUCAAAAGAUUUCUUUAAGUCUUGCUCCAAUAGUUAUAACUAUUAUAGGCCAAUGAGUACUUCUUCAGCUUCAUGGUACGGAUCAUCAUCAGGCCCAGUUCCUCUAAGCUGCAAGAGAGUUCUUCCGAGUCCCUUUGAUCAAAAUCAUCAGCUGAGAUCAGAUAAUCAUCAUGGUCAGAAUAAGUUAUUGUUAUUAGCUAAUAAUAAUAACAAUGACAACUAUAGUAGUGGUCUUAGUAAUAUUAAUGUUCAACAAAGAAAGCUUGCCAAAAUGAGGGAAAGUGCUAUAUUGAAAGCAGGGCAAAACCAAGAUCAUCAUCAUCACCAUCAUAGUAUGGAAGCCAAAGAAGGGAUUCCUUUCAUAGAUUUUCUUGGUGUGGGAGUUUCUUCUUCUUAAUCAUGCACUCUAUCCCCUUUUUUUAUUUACAACUUUUUAUUUUUAUUUUUUUACUAUAUAUAUAUAUAAAUAUAUAAGUUUAAUUAUAGUUAGUAUAUCACUUUCUGACUUUCUGAUCAUGUUUUGAGCUCUUGAGGGUGUGGCAUGCAAAUGUUUUGCCGUUUAAUUAGCUAGGUAGAAGUAAUAAUAAUUGUAGUAUAUCACUACUUUGUGUAUUAAUAAACUCAUCAUUAUAAUAAUAUUG